AUGGGCCAGGUGACCGGAGGCCUUGGCUGGCGGCUCAGCCUGCUGCUGCUACCCUUGCUUCUGGUGCAAGCUGGUGCCUGGGGGUUCCCAACAGGCCCCCUGAGCCUGCAGGAGCUGCGCAGGGAAUUCACAGCCAGCCUGCACCUUGCCAGGAAGCUGCUCUCUGAGGUUCAGAGCUAUGUCCACAGCUUUGCUGAAUCUCGGUUGCCAGGAGUGAACCUGGACCUCCUGCCCCUGGGACAUCAUCUCCCCAAUGUUUCCCUGACCUUCCAGGCAUGGCGUCACCUCUCUGACCCAGAGAGGCUCUGCUUCCUCUCCACCACACUCAGGCCCUUCCCUGCCCUGCUGGGAGCACUGGGGAGUCAGGCGACCUGGACCAGCUCAGAGAGGGUGCAGCUGUGGGCCAUGAGGCUGGAUCUCCGGGACCUGCACAGGCACUUCCGCUUCCAGGUGCUGGCUGCAGGCUUUAACUGCUCUGAGGAGGAGGAAGACAAAGAGGAAGAGGAAGAAGGGAAGGAGCUGUUCCUAGGGGCUCUGGAUGGCCCCAACCAGGUGUCAUUCCAAGUGUCCUGGCCCCAGCUGCUCUAUACCUACCAGCUCCUACACUCCCUGGAGCUUGUCCUCUCUCGGGCUGUUCGGGACCUGCUGCUGUUGACCAUGCCCCAGCACACAGGCCCGGCUUGGGAUUCCUAACACCUAGCUUCCGGCCCUAUGGAGUGACUUUCGACUCCCUUCCCACACCUGUUAAGACGCUAAGGCUGGAGGCUGGCCAACAGUAUAGGACAGCCUCUAGCCCAUUUGCCUUAGACCAGGCAGGGCUUCACUAGU